AUGAUUCAUUAUAACACAGGUUUCGGAAUCCAAGACAUGAUUAGUAGUAAUAGAGGUUUGGUAUUAGAAGAAUUAACAAAACCAGUGGCAACAUCCAGCAGCCAAGAACAAAAUAAUCAAAUCACAGAAUUAAGCAUAGAUUCACAAACUAGAGCAUUUACCAGCAUGAUAAUCCAAACAACAACAACAUCAAUGAUGAGAACAAUGCAGCAAUAG